UUAUGUCUACGUGUGUCUCGUCUGCCUGCUGUAUGUCUGCCUCCUCUUAAAGGGGCUGCAGUACAGUCUCUCCAUAAAAAGAAGACGAACAUCUUCCAGAAAUGCUUCCCAAACUUCCGGGCCUUGAUCAACCGGCGGGACCGAGUGGUUCGACCGGCGCGGUCUGGCCCGCGGUGGUCUUUUCCGGCUAGAAAAAGCAAAGAGAUGCAGUCCUCUUCAGUGGAGGUGGACAGCAGCGGCGACUCUGUGGUGCAGGUGUGCUUCCCGGCUUCCCAGGCUUCGGUGCUGGAAGCCCUUAACCAACAGAGGGAGGACGGUCGCCUGUGUGACCUGGCCAUCCAUGUGCAAGGUCACGUGUUCAAGGCCCACCGCUGCGUCCUGGCUGCGUCCUCGCCAUACUUUCAUGACCAGGUCCUACUGAAGAACAUGUCCAGCGUGUCCAUCCCAGCCGUGAUGGAUCCACUGGCGUUUGAGAGCGUGCUUCGAUGUGCCUACACGGGUCAGCUAAGCAUGCUGCGCGAGGACAUCGUCAACUACCUGACGGUGGGCAGCGUCUUGCAGAUGUGGCACAUCGUGGACAAAUGCACCGAGCUUCUCAAGGAGAGCAGGGCUGCGGGGGGAGGCGCCAGUGGCGGCGUCGGCUCAGCUAACAACGAGGGUCUCGGUCGGGAUCAAGCACGGCAGGCGGAAAGAGCCCUACAGGAGCCCCAACGAGCCACGCAGCCUUCGAGCCGGCCGUCGGUCAGCGAGAGCCAGUCCCCUAGCAGUACCAACUACUUCAGCCCUGGAGCGGCCGCGGCCUUGGUGGGGGGAGGCAGUAGCGGCGGCGGUGGUGGUGCUGAAGUGGCAGCCAGCAACACGCCCAACUAUUGCAUGCCGUCCGGAGAGGAGUCCUUCACAGUAGAAGAGGGAGAGGAGGAGGAAGAAGAGGAGGAAUACCAGCAAAAGAGAAAAGGUGGCAGGAGGAAGAAAACCAGCUCUGCAUCAGAAGAGGAAGUCGGUGUCAGUGACAGCUUUGGCGUUUCCUCGUAUCAGGACGGCGAGGACGCAUCACUGCAGAGACGCCCCACCUACAUCCAGCCUAGCAUCAUGCCCCGCAAGCAGUGGGUGGUGGUCAAAGCCGAGCGGGCGGACGAUCGAGAUCUCAUUGUGGUGUCGGGCGAGGAAGGUGGCGGCGCUGAGGAGGAAGAGGAGGACGACGAGGACGAGGAUGACGAGAGGGAAAUAGCGUCCGGUCGGGAAAGGGACUGCGGCGGCGACUUUGCGAUCUCACACGUGCGGACGCUAUCCGCGGAGGGCGGUGCCAGAGGAGAUCCCGACACACAGAUGGACUACUGCCAGUCUUCUGAGGAAUUCCUCAAGUUGGAGGGCAGCUUGCUGGACGCUGCAUUAGCUCAGCAUGUCCAGGACGGCGCAGCGGGUCCAUGUUCAAGUCAGGGUGCCAAUCGUGGUGCUUCGGGGCUGCUGGGUCAGGUGGCCAACCGCGGCCAGCUCUUCCCUCUGGACAUGCAGGGCAACCAAAUCCUGGUCUACGGACAAACCUCUGCACCCCUGAUGGACACCGCCCCACCUCCCCUGAGCGGCAUGAUUGGCAGCGGCGCAUUUAAAAGCGUGGAGCACGGUCCGGCGGCCCCAGGAAGCGAGGGCAGCGGUGGCGGCGCUUCCGGUAAAGUCUUCAUGUGCCACUGCGGCAAGACGUUCACACACAAGAGCAUGAGGGACCGCCACAUCAACAUGCACCUGGAUUUGAGACCCUUCCAUUGCCCCGUUUGCGCCAAGAAAUUCAAAAUGAAGCAUCACCUGACUGAGCACAUGAAGACGCACACGGGGCUCAAGCCCUACCACUGCGCCGGAUGCGGUAGGAAGUUCAUGUGGCGGGACAGCUUCAUGAGGCACCGAUCGCACUGCGAACGUCGAGGGAGCCAAGACGUUGGCGACGUUUCCGAUGUUCUUCCCGGACCUCACGUCCUUCUCCCGUCGGGCGACGGGGGUGCGCGAGGAGGUGGGGUUUCCUCGCGCCUACACCACGCCGGCGCCGCGUCGGGGAGCGCCGUAGCAGCGACGGGGAUGUUCGGCAGCUUACCGCUAGAGUGCGCGGAUCUUGCUAACGACGGAUAACACUGGAUUUGGUGAUGAAUGACAACUAUAGACCAGAACCUCGCUGAAAAUCUUUUCUGCGUCUCAUGGCAGUCAACAACAGGAAAGCUUAAAAGAUUGACUGCCAUUUACGGCAAUAGUUUUUUUUUUGUUUUUUUUUUUAAAUAUACAUGUAAAUUUUAGUCUUUUACUAACUAUCACAGCACAUACACAGUGAAUGAGUUAACAUGUAAGAAUUAAAACAUGUCGAUGUAUUUUGUAAUCGUGCUGAAAAAUUGACUACUGUACAUUUAGUAAAGAAUACGAUUGUCUGCUACUGAUUUUCAGGACACACUUUACCUGAGAGGCAAACACUUUUGUACAUAUAUUUAAAAACACUUGUUGUGUGUGGAGCCUUAUCUUUGGAAAUGAUGUACUAAUAUUUAUGUAGUUUUGCACCUGGCUUUGUUGCUAGGCAGAUAUGGUACUGUCAGAACUGCACUAUAGUGAAAAAUGUUCACUUCCGUCUGAUACAUCUUCACGUAUGGGAAAACGUUUGUGUUUUGUGUGUUCAGGGUCGGGUGAUAAUCUGCCCGGUAACGUAAAAAUUACAUACAUGAAAAUACAUUUUAGCAGGGAUGGGCAAAUUGUGGCCUGAGGAACUUUUUUUAAAUUUUUUUUAUUUUAUUUUUUUUAUCCCUGUUUCUAAUGUAUUUAUUCCUUGUAUUUAUUUAGUAUUUAUUUUUGUAGCAUUCAUUAAGUAUUAUCAGAGUAAUUAUAUGUAAAUACAGUAAAUGUCAUUAAUUUUGCUAUUUUAUUAAGAUAUCAACAUUUGUAUUUUUUAAUCUUAUAUUUUAAAUUAAUCUAUUUUCAAUAAUACACUUCAAAAUAUGAAUAAAAAAUCCACUCUAAAUGAAAGAAAAAUUGAUUAGUUUAAUAUUAAGAUUGAUUAGAAGUUAAACAUUUACUAUCUAUUUUAUUAUUAAAUUAAUACUUAUACAUAGUUUGCAAACACAUGUAAUCAGCAAGUUUGCCCAGCCCUGCUUUACAUAGAAGUAUAUUAGAUUUUUUUUUUUUUAACAUUCCACACUGGCUGUCAUAGGAAUGCAGACAAGUGCACAGAAAUACACCGUAGGGGUGCUCCAGCACUAGCCUUUUUUACUUAAAAACAUCUUCUUGGAUUGAUCACAUUUCCACAUAAAUAUCUGUGCACGUGCCUGCUGUUAAUGACUCUUUGUAUAUUACUAUGAAUAUUAUUUAGAAAAGCCAAUAAGAGCGACUGUUCACAUUGAAUGUAUUUCAAGACUGACACUUGUUUAAACACAUUUAAAUAUCUUCUAUAUUGCUUUCAAAACCGGUACGACAGUAGAUUACUAAGCAGGUCUUUGAAUUUACACGUUAAGUCGCUGAUAAUUGCAAAGUACAAUAAAGACCGAUAAAGAUAUACACUGUAUAGAAGUCCGUGGUUUCAAAACGGCGCCCAAAACGAUCUAUGUACAGUUUUACAAAUUGAUGUUCAUCUAAUAUUAAGACAAAGAUGUUUCUUUUUUUUCCUAAGUGACCUAUUUUUGUUGAGCUUUGUUUCUGAUGGCUGGUAUGGAGGCUUAUUUGUGCCAAAAUGAAAUCCAUUUACAAAUAAAUGUUCUUUCAUGUC